AUGGACCUGCCAGCUACUGUGGAGUCCAAUGAGCCGCGGGAGCGUCCCCUCACGCUCGACGCCAUUUUGGAGCGGCCGGAGCAGCAGCAGCAGCGAGCGGAGGAGGAAGGGGAGGAUGAGGAGGAAGAAGUUGGAGUAGCGGAGCACCAGGAACGCCUGAAUUAUGUUCGGAGGGCGGAGGCGAACCCACGGAACGCUGCGGACGCCCGUCGGCGGCUCAUGCAGGAUCUGCAGCGGAUACAGCGCGGUACCAACUCGUUUUUUUCGGCACGCCCGAUUGAUGGGGACUUGUUUCACUGGCGCGCCGUUGUACUUGGGCCUGAGAGCACAGUCUGGGAGGGCGGCAUAUUUAAGCUGCAGCUGGACUUCACCGAUGAGUAUCCCUGUGCACCGCCGAAGGUUCGGUUUUUGACCAGGGACAUGUUUCACCCAAAUGUGUAUGUUGAUGGGAAUAUAUGCCUGGACACGCUCAAAACGGAGUGGAGUCCGAUACUUGACGUGGAAUCUCUCUUAAUGAUGAUCAUAUCUCUCUUGUCCGACCCCAAUCCAAGUUCCGCCGCCAACGGUGAGGCGGCGUUACUUUACACAAAUGCAAAGGACAAGUACGAAGAACGUGUGAGACACCUCGUGGAAGCUUCUCUCGAGCAGUCUUUCUCGGAGGAUGAGGAUGAAUGA